GGAUCAUCGCGGGGUUCACCGCCAAUCGCUAUCACUCACAAGAUUCCAAAAUUGUAUUACGAAUUAAUCUUUCCAGCUACAAAAUGUUGGCGAUAUUAAUAAGAUUUUCACGAUGUUCCCCCCGAUAGAUGAAGCCGUCCUCAAAAGUAAUCCCGACUUUGGGCGUCUCUAUAAAACCGUCACUACCUCACUUCUCAACCCUGAUGGGUCGACCGAGAGUCAUGACCCGGCAGCUAAGAAGCGCGAUGCUGUUCGCGAUGAACUCAAAGCACAUCGUCUUAAGGCGGCAAAACAGCAUCUCCUCUGCCGCGCAAUAGCUGUAUCAACAUCAGCAACGACAACUACCGACUCCAACGCGAGUCAACGACAACAAUCACAACCUCACCGACGUACUAGAUCAAGACCUCAGACCCAACAACGACCACGACCUUCCAUUCCAGCUCCACCUUCUGAGAUUCUCGAUCUACUCUUGCUUCUCCCACCUUUCCUCUCUAACGCCUCGAGCAUGUCAUCCUCCUCACUAGCCCUCCUACUCUCCCGUCCACCAUUCUCUUCGCUAGAUACCUUAUUCCCACUACUCACAACAACCCUCUCCGCCACAUUAACACGACAAGCCAGCACCUUAGCCCGCGUGCUUAACCCCCAUACCAACCCAUCCUACAUCCACCGCUCGAUCCCGACCCUGGCCUCUCAAACCACCGACCUCCAAGCCAGCGUAUCCAACACCACAGUCGCCCUCUCCCUCGCACGGCAGCGCGUUACCCACGACCUAGUUAUACACCUAUCGCAACAUGCCGGCGCAUUAGCCCAACUCGUGCGCAUCCUCGAAUCGAAACACGGCCCCGCGGCACGAUCCGCUGAAUUGCGUGCUGCGGCGGCAGGUCUCGAAACUCGAACUUGGGCUUUAGCCGCCGAAGCCUUACUCUGGGAUGCGCGACGCACCGUCUACCCACCCGAAGCCCGACGCGCUCUCACCAAUUACCGACGGCAUUUAGGUGAUGCGCGGAUGCGUCUAGCCGAUGCUCUACGCGUGCGCGAGGCCGAGCUUAUAGACUAUGGCGUAGGAGAGGGAGAGGACGGUCGAGGUGGAGAUGAAGGGAAAGAGAGAACAAUGCGCGAGAUGGCUAGGGUAUGGCGGGAGAUGGAGACCAGAUUGAACGAGGUCAGGGGUGAUCUAGAUCGGCUAAGUUAGGGUGAGCUACUAGACGAUGAUGCACGGUAUCACCCUCCCAAGUGGAGAAGGGACACUAAUUAAUACAAGAACACAAUUCAUAACCAAAUAUAACAACCGAGUUCUAAGUAACAAAUUUCAUUUCCGUAUCUACUAGUAGUGGUAUCACAG